AUGGUUGAAGUGGAGCACCUGAUUAAGGGCCCUCAUGAAUUAGAAAGAAAAGUGUGGGAAGCUGCAUAUAAGAGUAAGAGACCCUGUUUACACUUCAGUUCCCGUGAUAGUGAUCAAAGAGCAUUAUCUUGUGUUUGUCAUCUUCUCAUAGGUGCCGCUCACCAUGAUUCCCAAGUGAUUUUGACGGAGAACAUUUCAGAGGUGACUGAAUUCAUUCUUGUGGGGUUGACAGAUGCCCUAGAGAUGCAGGUCCCUUUAUUUACUGUCUUCAUUCUCAUUUACUUCAUCACUGUGGUUGGGAAGCUAGGGAUGAUCAUGUUGAUUCUGUUGGACUCUCGACUCCACACUCCCGUGUACUUUUUCCUCAGUAACCUCUCCUUGGUGGACUGUGUUUAUGCCUCAGCUGUCACUCCUAAGGUAAUGGUGGGGUUUCUCACAGGAGAUAAGAUCAUUUCCUACAAUGCAUGUGCUUCCCAGAUGUUCUUCUUUGCAGUCUUUGCCACUAGUGAAAGUUUCCUCCUGGCCUCCAUGGCCUUUGACCGCCAUGCGGCAGUGUGUAAACCCCUGCAUUACACCACCAUCAUGACAAGUACUGUGUGUGCCUUACUGGUCACUGGCUCUUACAUCUGUGGACUUCUGCAGUCUUCCAUCCAUGUUGCCUUUACUUUGCACCUCCCCUUCUGUCAUUCCAAUGUUGUUAAUCACUUUUUCUGUGACAUUCCUCCAAUGCUGGCUCUCUCUUGCUCUGAUAGCCACACAAAUGAAAUUGUACUCCUUACAUUGGCAGCAUUCAGUAUUUUUCUCACUCUCUUGGUUAUCUUGAACUCUUAUCUGCUCAUUUUUAUAGCUAUCCUGAGGAUGCACUCAGUUGAGGGACAGAAGAAGGCCUUCUCCAACUGUGCUUCCCAUCUAACCACUGUUUCCGUCUUCUAUGGGACAAUCAUCUUCAUGUGCUUACAGCCAACUUCUAGUCAUUCCAUGGACACAGACAAAAUGGCGUCUGUGUUCUACACUAUGGUCCUCCCCAUGCUGAACCCUCUGGUCUACAACCUGAGGAACAAAGAAGUUAAGAGUGCAUUCAAAAAGGUAUUUGGAAAAGCUAAGUCUUCAUUGAGCUUAGCCUUCUAAUUAGAAAUACCAUGAAAACCAUGUGAAAUUUCUCUUGGACAUCUAGUGUACAAGAAUAUUUUUUGAGCUUUAAUUCUUUCUUGUUUUUAAUUUCUUUGAGCAGUUUCCUCUCCAAUGAGACUGAUUCUGUUCAUGCUUUGGGAAUAUGACUGGGUAGGAGAAAUCUUGGAUGUCUUUUUCUAGAAAUAGCAUGUUAUUUCUAUCUUAAGAUCAAGAUUAUAAUCCUAGAUACUGUAGAAUCCCACACUAUAUCACCUUAUUGGUCUAAAGUGCUUUGUAGGUAAAUCUCAUACGUGUAUGACACUAGAAUUACAUUUUCAAUUACUAGAAUUCUGAAGAACUCUAUGAUUCUUGUACAUAGCAUAGAGGUGUGGUUCUUAAACAUUCAUGCUCCUAAGAGUGACUUUGAGAGACUGUUGAAAUGUUGAAUUCCAGAACCUAAUUCCAAAUAUUCUAAUUUAGUAUAUCUCUGGUGGAGCCUAGAAAUGUGCAGAAUUUCCUUUAUUAGCCACAUAUACCUGAAUCCUUAGCAUAGAUUGCAAGAAUGUCAGUGGUGAUUUUUGAUAAUGAGGAUACUGUAUAAGGUAAGUCUAUUUAUUUCCUAAACUUCAGAGAGACACACAGUUCAGAGGACAAAAAUAUAUCCAUACCCAUUCCUUACAUGAGUUUUAAUACAUAAACUUCAUAUAAGAGAGUAUGGAUAGGGAGGACUGCCUAGAUUCUUAUCAAACUUCCCCUGGAUUUGAGAUGAGGUUGCUGUGCAGAUCACACUUUGAGAACUUUUUCCCUAGAGCAGUGGUUCAAAAGCAUCAUUACCAAACCAGCAGCAUUAGCAUCAUGUAGAACAUUUCAGAAAUGCCAAUUAUAGGAAUCUCACAACAGACCUACAGAAUUAGAAACUCUAGGAGUGCAGCCAAGCUAUCUGUGUUUGAACAAGCCCUCCAGGUGAUUCGGAAGCAUGCUCAGGUUUGAAAACCACUGGA